AUGGCGGCGACCGCGCGCUCAGCUCGAGCUCAACGUGAAUCUGACUCGGGCGCAGAUACGGAGCAAGAGACACCCAAGGCUACAAAGGCUCAUGGCUUACGACGGCGACUCAGCGAGGUUCAGGACAAGAGCUAUUCAGCGGACGCUCCUACCGGCCGCCCACCUUUGAGAGCAGUCAAUAUCAACGAUGAUGCGGCAGAGAAAAGGAGGAGGAGGAAGAGUACCAAACCACUGGCAUCAGAGAAUGCUGAGGCGGGGCCGUCGUCGGAAGGUAUCGACAUGGGGCAAAGUGGAGUCGGCGAAAGCUCCCGCACCGCACAGGCGCGGCAGAAACAGCUGGCAUCCGUUGUCGAGACUCCGAUGAUCAAUGUCCCUUUAGAUGUCAUGAGCUCAAACUUCGAGGAAUGGAUGAAGAUGGCCAUGGAUAAUAAAAUCAAUGCUGCCAACUCCUGGAACUUUGCAUUAAUCGACUACUUCCAUGACAUGUCGUUGUUGCGGAAUAACAACGACAACACCAUCAACUUUCAACGCGCAUCGAGCACGCUUGACGGCUGUGUCAAGAUUUGGACAAGUCGUGUGGACAGUGUUGGUACAGAAACAGGCAAACUCUUGAGCAAUCUUGCUUCCGAGGGCCGAGGUGACGACGAAGAGGAGCCAACGUCCGACAGCCCUGACUCUCAGGAUCCUCAGCAGCGCAAGCGAGCAAAGAAUCAUCGGGCAGAAUCGACACUAGCAAAAAACGCCGCCCAACUUAAGAUCAAGAAACUGGAUCUGGAAUUCAGCGUAGAUCCGCUCUUUCGCAAGACUUGCGAGGACUUCGACGAAGGUGGUGCCCACGGGUUGCUCAUGAACCAUUUGAGUCUCGGAGUCGGCACCGAGGGUGGUCUGAGAGUGGUGUUUGAUGCAAGUGAUUCUAUGGGGAAAGAGAUGGAAGAAGAGGAGGAGGAACCAGAAGACGAGAUAGAUCUUACCCAGCUUAGAAGAGACUUCCUUCCGGAUCUUGUUGUCCUAGAUUCCAAAGCGAUAUCCCAUUCCUUGGAGAGUUUUUCAUUUUCCAAAGAUCCAUUUUCAUUCGAUAACACCAUACUUUUCCGUGACAAUACCCCUCAUCCGGCAGACGACGACGACAACGACGACGAAGACUUUGGUGGUCCCCCCGGUGAUGCUGGUAUGGAAAUCAACGAUGCGAGUCCCCCGCCAGAACAGGACUUUUUUGUCGGAGACCAGGCAGUUGGCGAUGACUUCGGUGGUGAGGCCAUGAGCCCGAAUGAUGAAGAUGAAGGCGGUUCAGUGGGUCCACAAGCAAUUCAUGCUCAUACCGCCCCCGGGGGCUUUGUGCCCUUUGAUCCGCGACGCAUGCCUAAUGAACGUGAUCUUGUCAUGGCAAUGACUGACGCAGAGGCGGAUGGUGGCAUGAUGGAUUAUUUCGACCAAAACUUCUUGAAGAACUGGGCCGGUCCUGAGCAUUGGAAGCUCAGGAAAGUCGUACGGAGGCCUGAUGCAGCUGAUGCAAACACUUCAAAGCCACGAAGAGAGAAAAAGGAGGCAUUCAAGAUCGAUUUUCUAUCGCCGGAAGAAAAAUCCUUCAAGGAGGUUUCGAAAGAACUUUUCGCACCUGUUACUCGAGGUGCGGGUAUCACAUUAGUCAAACCAUCCACCGCGAAGGCAAGCGCCAACUCGCGAAGGACAUCGAAGAGCAAGAAGUCCAAAGAGAAGGAGAAGCGGGAUGAGCAUACACUUCCUGAUGAUAUGCAUUUUACUAGCCAGCAGCUUGUCACUCUAUUCUUAAAGCCCAAAUUCUCGCUCAAGAUGCGCGGGCAGCGUGUUCCGUUAAAUGAAAACGGUGAUGGUGAAGUUGAUGAGAAUUUUUGGGCCAGAGCUGCUGCCGAUCAAGCAGCUGUACGUGAUAUAGAGGACGGCGACGACUCCAAUGGCGGCGCCAUUCCCUUCAACACGCAAUUCUUCCAUGACGAUUAUGAUGACGGACCUGGUUUCGAUGAUGAUGGUGGCGACGCUACCGCGAGCGCUGAGCCUGGAGAGCAAGAUUUACUCGCUGCAACUCGAGGGCAGACGCGCCGAGUACGGCCCGAAUUUGUCAAUUACACAAAACGUGCCAAACGUGUCGAUGUCCGAAAACUAAAGGAAAACAUUUGGAAGGGCCUGAAUAUUGUGGUACCACAACAGAAAGAAGAAAACGCAGAUAAUAUGGAACUCGACGAACCGCCAGCAGAGGGCACGGAUCCGUCGGAGGCAAGAGUGUUUGAUUUGGUACUAUCGGAGCUUCAACAGUCCUAUCCACAAGACAAACUUGCGGAAAUCAGUACAAGUUUCUGCUUCAUCUGUCUCUUACACCUUGCAAAUGAGCGUGGGCUUAAACUUGAAGGAGCAUUGGAGGAUCGUAUUGGCGAUGCGGAACCCGAUGCGGAUGAUAAGGACCCUCGCGUUGGAAAUAUAUGGGAUCUGAAGGUUUAUCGUGAUCCAAAUGCCGUGCCAGCAGCAUAGUGACAAGCAAAGAUUCGUCCGAGUUUGUUACAUAGUUCGUUGCAAGUCAUUGCAGCUAUGUAUAUUUUCUAUAUCUCCGUGUUGUGGCUUUACGCUUCAAGAGUAGAACGCUGUUGAUGUGGCAUAUAUAUCAUACCUUCUGUAUUGUAUUGGCACUUAUAAGCAUUAUUCACUCAUU